AUGGCAACCCUUGCAGACGAACUUCUGAACGAUUUUGAGGAUGAGGACUCCGAAAACGAGGAUAAAGCGAACGGGUUUCACGACGGAACCGAUGCCACCGUUCCUACGGGCGAUGGCGAUGACGACCGACAUGAGAACGGAUCUCCACAAAUGGAGCUAAUAGAGGAUGGCGACGAAAUGGACGACGCCGAGGAAGAGCUCGCUGUGAAAGACACUGCGUUGGCCGACACAGUGGACGACGAGGACGAUACCAAAGCAAAGAUUGAAAAGAUGCGGUUGGGAGGCGUCCGUGAUGUGAGGAGUGUGGCUGGCUUAAUGAAGACUUUACAACCGGUUCUAGAGAAAAUUGCGCAUUAUCAGAAUAUUCCCCCUGACCAGCGAACAACAAACGUGGGAUCUAUCGAAGACAACCCCGAGUAUCACCUGUUGACGCAAUCGAAUUCCCUUUCCACUCAAAUCGACGGCGAGGUCAUUCUUGUUCACAAAUUCAUCCGAGACCAUUACUCCGCGCGAUUCCCGGAAUUAGAGACUCUUGUAACAAAUCCGCUAGACUACGCCAAAACCGUCGCGAUCCUCAAGAAUGGGCCUUUUGAUAAUAUCAAGGCCUUGGCCGAUUCUUCUGAGAACCUUGUUGGAGCCACUCUCAGGUCCAUUCUUGAUGGGCCAACGCUCAUGGUGGUGACCAUGGAAGGAACUACAACGAGAGGUCAGGAACUGAGUGAAGUGGAGCUUGAGACGACUUUACGUGCCUGUGAAAUGAUACUGCAGCUGGACAAAGCAAAGAAAGUUCUUACGGAAUAUGUUCAGUCCAGAAUGAACAUCUUUGCCCCGAAUCUGACCGCACUCAUUGGCUCGCUCACAGCAGCUCAAUUGCUCAACUUUGCCGGCGGUCUAAAAGGUCUCGCAAAGACUCCAGAUCGAAAUAUUCCAGCCAUGGGAUCAAGGAAACAGAAGCAAAGUGGUUUGGCUACCAACGUGGGCAUACGACAACAAGGAUAUCUCUAUCAUUCCCCUCUCAUUCAGAGCAUCCCCACCGAUUUGAAAAUACAAGCGAUGCGCAUCGUCUCGGGCAAACUCGUUCUUGCCGCACGGGUAGACAGUGUGCACCAGGCGAGGGAUGGUUCAACAGGAGAACAGCUUCGCGAUGACUGUCUCAGACGACUCGAUAAACUCACCGAACCUCCACCAAAUCGGGGACCAAGGGCCCUCCCAGCCCCAGAUGAUAAACCCAGCAGAAAACGUGGCGGAAGACGAGCACGUAAAGCCAAAGAAGCCACCGCCAUGACUGAGUUGCGGAAACAACAAAAUCGGAUGGCUUUCGGUAAGGAAGAGAAAGAGGUUGGCUACGGAACUGGUGAAGGCACAGCGGGAUUGGGAAUGAUCGGCCAGCAGAAUGAUGGGAGGAUCCGGGCCACGCAAAUCGAUCGUCGGACCAAGGCGAAAUUGAGCAAGAAAAAUCCUGGCUGGGGUGGUCCUGGGACGGCAACAAGUCUGAGCCACGGCACCAAUACCUCUUUGAGAGGGUUUGGAAGUUCUUUGGGAGGAAACGCGACAUCGCUUCGAGCUCAAGGUCUUCGGACCAGCGGAGUGGGUGCCGGAAUUGCCAGUUCGAUUGCAUUCACACCUGUCCAAGGUCUUGAAUUGGUUGACCCGAAAGCGCAAGCCGAGCUUAAGAGAAAACGUGAGGCGGAGAAUUCGGGGUACUUUUCUAGUGGCACAUUUACACAGGUCAAUGCCGUGAAGACGGAUGGAGGCUUCAAAGUUCCCCAGGUGCCGCCCAGCAAAAAGGUAAAUAUGGGCCCACCUCCAGCGCCUCCCAAGUGA